UUGAAUGUGAAAGGUGUGUCUCUUCCACGUACCUGUACUUUCUCAAGCAGGCACUAUUUUUUCUACUAAAGUUAAAUCUGAACAAAAACAACAAGGCAAAUUGACCAUGCGGUGAUUAUAUUGUGUUUAUCAGCAAUUCUAAACUCUAAGACUAGACUAAUACUAAAUGGAAUAUAUCUGGUUGUAGCCUAAAACUUAAUACGUCGACAUUAUUCAUUCUCUGUUCCUUGAUCUUGGCAUACAUUCUUCUGCAGUCAAUUCAAACGUUUCGAAUGUGUCAGUGAAAUCAGACUUGUGUGAAUACGUGGAAACUUUGUGAAUAACUGGAAAUAUUAUUAGCCUGGAAUUUACAGUUCGCAUGUUCUCUCCAAACUGUAUGUCUUAAUAUCGGUGUUAUUAAACAUAACGGAUAAGAAGUGAAAACAUUCAUAUGUGACGAGUUAUGAGGACCGAUAGUCUUCAAAAAAUGGAUAACUAUGUUGCACUAGGGAUGCUUUGGCUUACUUCAGUAUUUAUUUCAGUAUUAUCAGAGGAUCCUUUUUCUUGUGUGCAAGGUUGGGACUUGAAAGGAAUCAAUUGCUUCAAAUAUUUUAGUGUGAAACAUUCCUGGGAAAAGUCAGCUGAGUUAUGUAGAAGAUAUGGUGCUGAACUUGUGACUAUUGAAUCAAUCGAAGAAAAUGAAGCAACAAGAGAUAUCGCACUUGUAGGUGAAUCUAGAGGUCGAACGGGUAAUAUGUACUGGUUAGGCCUAGCCACUUUAGAUGAUCUUAGAACGAAUACACUAGAAUCAACUUCAGGCGAUUUAGUCUCACAAUACUCUGGCUUUUGGUCCCUUGGACAACCAAACCCAAUGACAGGUGAAUGUGUUGCUGCUUCUAACGUAAACAGUAAGCAGUCAUGGAGAUUGGAAACUUGUGAACAUCUUUUACCAUUUAUGUGUAAACGUCCUGCGUGUCCUCACAAUUCGAUCAGAUGCUCGAACGGUAAUUGUAUAAACCAAGUUUUGAAAUGUGAUGGAAAUGAUGAUUGUGGAGAUGGUAGUGACGAAUUGGAUUGUCCAAGCACUUGUAAUUUUCAUAUGCAGUCAGGUGGUGACGUUAUAGAAUCGCCCAGUUAUCCGCAAAAGUAUCCUGCACUGAGUACUUGUAAAUGGACACUAGAAGGACCACAGGGAACUAACAUAAUUCUACAAUUCCAAGAUUUUGAUACAGAGAAAAAUUUUGAUAUCGUUCAAAUACUAGUUGGCGGUCGCACCGAAGAUAAGGCAGUUUCGUUAGCCUCGCUGUCCGGUAAAAAUGAUUUGAGCAAUAAUCCUUUCGUCACAGCAUCUAAUUUUAUGAUCAUCAAAUUUACAACGGAUGGUAGUGUUGAGAGGAAAGGAUUCAGAGCAACUUGGAAAACAGAACUUCAAACAUGUGGUGGAACAUUACAGGCAUCCGCACAGGGUCAGUUACUGAAUAGUCCAGGUUAUCCAAAAAGUUAUCCAGGUGGACUUGAAUGUCUUUAUGUGAUCAAGGCUCAGAGUGGACGUUUAGUUUCUUUGGAAAUUCAGGAUUUGAAUUUAAAUGAUGGUACGGAUUUCAUUCUUAUUCGUGAUGGGGAUAGCGCUAAUAGUAAACCAAUUGCUCGUCUAACUGGAGUAAAUGUCAAUGAUAGAAACCGAGUUUUAGUUUCUACUACUAAUAACUUGUAUGUGUUUUUUAAAACAGCUUUGGGAAAUUCUAAAAAAGGAUUUAGUAUAAAGUACACGCAAGGUUGUACUGCAACUAUAAUCAGUUCGAAUGGCACAGUUAGCUCUCCGGUGUAUGAUUUUAGUAAUUAUCCGAACAAUCAGGAAUGCUAUUUCAAAAUAAAAAAUGCAAUGGAAGGCCCGCUUUCCCUACGUUUCAAAUAUUUCAAUGUACAUACAAGCGAUAAAGUUCAAAUAUUUGAUGGAUCGUUGACAUCUGGAUUACGACUCCAUUCAGGAGAUGGCUUCACGGGAAGUUCUGUACCAAAAAUUACAUUGACGGCAUCUUCAGGAAAUAUUCUUGUAAAAUUCAUUACUGAUGCCUUGCAUAAUGACAAAGGAUGGUUGGCUGAGUUCUCUGCCGACUGUCCUGAGUUAAAUCCUGGAAUUGGAGCUUUAGCGUCAAGUCGUGAUACUGCAUUUGGAACAGAUGUCUUUUUUUCUUGUCCAGUUGGUCAAGAAUUUGCCACCGGUAAGAAUCAAAUAGUCACAACUUGCCAAAACGGAGGCACUUGGACCGUCGACUAUAUUCCGAAAUGUCAAGAGGUUUAUUGUGGACCAGUACCUCAAAUAGAUAAUGGUUUCUCGAUUGGUUCGACAAAUGUUACUUAUCGCGGAAUCGCUAUGUAUCAAUGUUAUGCUGGAUUUGCAUUUGCAUCAAGUAAUGUUAUUGAGAAAAUUUCGUGCUUAUCUGAUGGAAAUUGGGAGCGUCAACCAUCAUGCCUUGCCUCACAGUGUCCAAUGUUGUCCGAAGUGUUACAUGCUAAUGUUACUGUUCUAAAUGGGGGCGGAAGAAGUUAUGGAACAAUCGUUACCUAUGAAUGUGAACCGGGUUAUCAGCGCAGUGGACAACCUGUUCUGAUUUGCAUGUCCAAUGGAACUUGGAGUAGCGCAGCUCCAACGUGUACUCGAGUGCGAUGUAAUAGAUUUCCUGAAAUCAAAAACGGUUAUUUUGUGGAUCAAUCUCGACAAUAUUAUUACGGUGACGAUGCUCGUAUACAGUGCUAUAAAGGUUAUAAACAAACUGGCUCAAAUAUUGUCAAGUGUAACUCCAAUCAAAUGUUUGAAACAUUACCAAGUUGUGAAGAUAUUGAUGAAUGUGCUACAUCGCCUUGUGACAUAGCAUCCACCGAAUGCAUGAAUACACCUGGAUCAUUUCAUUGUCAAUGUAAAUCGGGAUUUUCACCAUCUACUGAAUGCAGACCAGUUGGUGAUCUAGGAUUAGCUACUGGUGGUAUACCUGAUAUCAGCAUAUCGGUGUCAUCGACCGAGAAUGGAUAUAAUAAAGCAAUGCUAAGAAUAAAUUUAGAUGGUUGGUGCGGAAAUUCGAUUGAUCUAGGAACAAACUGGGUGAUGAUUGAUUUGAAAGCCCCAACAAUAAUUAAAGGAUUUCGAACCAUGUCCGUUCAAAGAAUUGAUGGAAGCUUAGCAUUUACGUCUGCAAUCAGGAUACAGUAUACUAACGAUAAAACUAAUGUAUUUAAAGACUAUGCGAACCCUGAUGGAACAGCUGUGGAAUUUCGAAUCUUAGAACCAACGUUAUCGAUCCUAAAUUUGCCUAUACCCAUAGAAGCACGCUAUGUAAGAUUUAGAAUACAGGACUUUGUUGUCGCCCCUUGUCUUAAACUGGAGGUUAUGGGAUGUACUCGCAUAGACUGCGUUGAUAUUAACGAAUGUGCAGUCAAAAAUGGUGGAUGUCGCCAAAAAUGUAUCAACUCACCUGGCUCUUAUUCAUGCAGUUGUAAUACUGGAUACGAACUGUUUACAAAAAACGCUACAGCUGGAUUUUAUAUUGAGAAUACUGAAACCGGCGAUAGAGAUGGAGAUGUGUAUCAACGUGAUAAAACAUGCGUGCCUGUAAUGUGUCCUCUUCUGAAGAGUCCGAAAAAUGGAAAACUACUUACCAACGAGGUUAAUUAUCAUUUUGGAGAUGUCGCACAGUUCCAGUGCAACUUUGGAUACAUAAUAUCUGGAAGCACCACUUUACUAUGCAUGUCUACGGGAGAAUGGAAUGCUUCUAUUCCGGAAUGCAUCUAUGCCAAAUGUGUUUCCCUACCCGACGAUAAUAACGAAGGUUUAUUAGUGAUACGGCAGGAAAAAGAUAGCAUUUUGAUACCAUUCCGAGAGAAUGUUACGUUAACUUGUAAUUCUGUUGGUCGUAGACUAAGAAAAUCUGUUUCAGCUGGUUUCAGACAAUGUGUGUAUGAUCCUAAACCUGGGUACCCUGAUUAUUGGUUGUCUGGAACUACUCCAAGUUGCCCUCGUGUUGACUGCGGUGAACCACGACCUACAUCUGGUGCUGAAUAUGGUCAAUUAAGAGAUACGAAAUAUCAGAGUUCAUUUUUCUUCGGUUGUCAGAAUACGUUUAAGCUUGCAGGACAGAGCUCUAAAAACGAUAACAUUGUUAGAUGCAUGGAGGACGCUGUUUGGGACUUUGGUGAUCUGCGUUGCGAAGGGCCAGUUUGUGAGGAUCCUGGAAGGCCCAAUGAUGGAUAUCAAAUAUCUAAAAGCUAUGAGCAAGGAUCAGAGAUUUUAUUUGGCUGUUCUCGACCAGGAUAUAUACUGAUUAACCCCCGACCCAUAACGUGCAUCAGAGAACCGGAAUGUAAGGUGAUUAAACCUUUGGGGUUGUCGUCCGGUCAAAUUCCCGAUAGCGCAAUAAAUGCGACGUCGGAACGACCCAAUUACGAAGCGAAACAUAUUCGUUUGAAUUCCGUUACUGGAUGGUGCGGAAAACAAGAAGCUUUCACCUAUGUUAGUGUUGAUUUAGGAAAUAUUUAUCGUAUCAAAGUGAUUCUCGUGAAAGGUGUUGUGACAAACGAUAUCGUGGGAAGGCCUACAGAAAUUCGUUUCUUUUACAAACAAACAGAGAGUGAGAAUUUUGUUGUUUAUUUUCCUAAUUUCAAUUUGACUAUGCGAGAUCCUGGAAACUAUGGAGAGUUGGCCAUGAUCACUCUGCCAAAAUAUAUCCAGGCCAGAUUUGUUAUCCUUGGUAUUGUAAGCUAUAUGGACAAUGCAUGCUUAAAGUUCGAGCUGAUGGGAUGCGAUGAACCAACAAUUGACCCAUUAUUAGGUUACGAUUAUGGAUACUCGCCUUGCGUAGACAAUGAACCACCAGUAUUUCAAAAUUGCCCACAACAGCCAAUCGUCGUAAAACGUCUACAAAACGGUGCCAUCAUGCCUGUAAAUUUCACUGAACCUGUUGCAAUCGAUAAUUCUGGUUCCAUUGCAAGAUUGGAAGUAAAACCACAAAGCUUCAAAUCGCCAUAUUAUGUAUUCCAUGAUACAAUCGUCAAAUAUAUUGCUUAUGAUUAUGACGGAAAUGUAGCUAUUUGUGAAAUAAAUAUAACUGUCCCUGACAUAACCCCACCGUCUCUUAGUUGUCCACAAAGCUUUGUCAUAGAGCUGGUAGAUAAACAAGAUAGUUAUCUAGUAAAUUUCAAUGAUACCUCGAAGCGCAUAAAAGCAACAGAUAAUUCAGGUGAAGUAUUCAUAAAAUUUAUUCCGACAAGCGCAGUCAUUCCAAUUGGUGGAUUUGAGAAUGUAACCGUUGUUGCUACAGAUUUGUUUAAUAACAAAGCCAUGUGUAAUUUUCAAGUUUCGGUGCAAGCUACACAGUGCGUUGAUUGGGAUUUGAAACCACCUCAAAAUGGCGAAAUAAAUUGCGAAUCAAAGGAUAAAAAGGUCGAGUGUAUUGCCGCAUGUAAACCUGGAUUUCGAUUUACUGACGCGGACCCAAUUAAAAAAUUUUCAUGUGAAACAAAGCGGUUAUGGAAACCGACGUCGAUAGUUCCUGACUGUGUCUCGGAAAAUACUCAGCAGGCUGAUUAUCAUGUGACGGCUACAACAAUUUAUAGGGCGAACGGAGCUGUAGUUGAGUCAUGUUUACCAUAUUAUCAGCAAUUGCUUGAAAAAUAUUAUCCAAAUUUGAACAACAUUUUAUCACAACGUUGCUCAGCGGUCAAUGUUAAUAUGAAUGUAUCAUUUGUCAAGUCCGUUCCAAAACUGUUAGAGGAGAAUAUGCUACAGAUUGAUUUCAUACUAUCAAUCAUGCCUGCCAUAAAACAAACACAAUUAUACGAUCUCUGUGGAUCUACAUUGCAUUUGAUCUUUGAUCUUAGUGUCCCAUAUGCAAGUGCCGUAAUAGAACCUAUUUCAAAUGUUUCAGCAGUAGGCACUCAAUGUCCCCCUCUUAGAGCACUAAGAAGCUUAAUUAGUCGAGGAUUCACUUGUUCUUCUGGUGAGGUACUUAAUAUGGAUACAAACGAUGUACCUAGAUGUUUGCACUGUUCAGCUGGAACAUAUGCAGGUGAAAAUCAGAAAACAUGCACUCUCUGCCCCAAGGGAUAUUAUCAAAAUAGAGAAAGACAAGAUUCUUGUUUAAAAUGUCCCACUGGAACAUACACUAGAGAAGAUGGAUCGAAGAGUAUAGAUGCAUGUGUACCUGUGUGCGGAUACGGAACAUACUCACCAACGGGACUGGUGCCUUGUCUUGAGUGCCCUGUCAAUUCCUUCUCUAAUGAACCUCCAACGGGUGGUUUCAAAGACUGUCAAGCUUGCCCAAUUAACACUUUUACCUACCAACCAGCGAGUCAAUCUGUAGAUCAAUGUAAAAAAAAAUGCUCCCCUGGUCAAUACUCAUUAACGGGUUUAGCACCGUGCUCUCCAUGUCCUAAAAAUUUUUAUCAGUCCAUAGAAGGAAUGUCUAUUUGCAGUGAAUGUCCUACUGGAAUGAAAACGGAUGUGGUAGGUGUGAUAGAGAAAGAAGAAUGCAAACCAGUUACGUGCUACGAGAACUCAUGUCAGCACGGUGGGUUAUGUGUACCGAUGGGUCAUGAAGUGCAAUGUUUCUGCCCAGCUGGGUUUUCGGGGCGAAGGUGUGAAAUCGAUAUAGAUGAGUGCGCAUCGCAGCCUUGCUAUAAUGGAGGCUUGUGUCACGAUUUACCCCAAGGUUACACAUGUAUAUGUCCACAGAGCUAUUACGGCCUCAACUGCCAGGAAGAAAAGAGUGAUUGUGCAACCGAUACUUGUCCAUCAAGAGCUAUGUGUAAGGAUGAACCUGGUUACAAUAAUUACACAUGCUUAUGCCGCAGUGGUUAUACAGGCGAUGAAUGCGAUAUGACAAUAGAUCCGUGCACAGCAAAUAGUAACCCAUGUAAAAAUGAUGCACUUUGCAUUGCACUCCAUCAAGGUCGAUUUAAGUGUGAAUGUCCGUCGGGUUGGGAAGGUCAACUGUGCGAAAUCAAUAUUGACGAUUGUGCUGAAUCACCUUGUCUUUUAGGAGCAAAGUGUACAGAUCUGAUCGAUGAUUUCAACUGUGCCUGUCCUACUGGAUUUACUGGUAAGAGGUGCCAAGAGAAGCUUGAUUUAUGCCUGUCAGAGCCUUGUAAUCACGGGAUAUGCGUUGAUCGUUUUUUCUACCAUGAGUGUGUGUGUUCACCAGGAUGGACGGGAGAAUCUUGUAAUAUCAAUAUCAAUAAUUGUGCGAGCAACCCAUGCCAAUACAACAGUGAUUGCUUGGAUUUAACUGACGAUUACCAAUGCAAUUGUGGACCAGGUUACACAGGCAAGAAUUGUCAACAUUUCAUAGACGAUUGCUCAAGUGACCCGUGUCAAAAUGGAGCGUCAUGUGUUGAUCAAUUGGAUGGCUUUCAAUGUAAAUGUAGACCGGGAUUUGUGGGUUUGCAAUGUGAAACGGAGAUUGACGAGUGCUUGAGUGAUCCAUGUAGUCCAACUGGAACCGAACAGUGUAUAGAUGAAGAUAAUAGUUUUACUUGCUCAUGUAGAAACGGAUUUACUGGAGUUUUAUGUGAAACCGAUAUCGAUGACUGCGCAGCAACGCCAUGUUUGAACGGAGGAACCUGUCUAGAUCGUAUUGGUCUAUAUGAAUGCGAAUGUCCACCUGGAUGGAGUGGUCAUCAAUGUGAAAAGUUAGUCACAACUUGUGAGACAUCUCAUCCAUGUAAAAAUGAGGCCCGUUGCAUAGAUCUGUUCGAAGAUUACUUCUGCGUAUGCCCAAGUGGUACCGAUGGAAAGCAAUGCGAAACUGCACCGGAUAGGUGUAUUGGUAACCCGUGCAUGAAUGGAGGUCAAUGUAAAGAUUACGGAUCCGGGUUGAAUUGUUCUUGUUCUAUGGACUAUGAUGGAAUCGGCUGCCAGUAUGAGUAUGAUGCAUGUGAAGCGAAGAUUUGCAAAAACAAUGCAAAGUGCACAGAUAAUGGAAGUGGAUACAAAUGUAUAUGCCCUGCUGGUUUUACUGGUGAAAACUGCGAUAAAGACAUUGUAGAUUGUAAAGAUAACUCUUGUCCACUAGGAGCAAUCUGCAUUGACCUUACAGAAGGAUUCUACUGUCAAUGUCCGUUCAAUUUAACUGGAGAUGACUGCCGGAAAACAAUUCAAGUGGAUUACGAUUUGUACUUUAGUGAUCCUUCGCGCUCUUCCGCAGCUCAAGUUGUUCCGUUCCACACCGAAUCUCCAGAUAGUUUUACGUUUGCGCUAUGGGUACAGUUUGCUCAAAAAGAUGACAACGGAGUUCUUGCUACAUUAUAUGCGGUUAAUUUCCCACUUACCAAUAUGGAUAGGCGUGUUAUUCUGCAAGUGCAUUCCAGUGGUGUCCAGGUUUCAUUGUUCCCGGAAAUACAAGACGCUUUUUUGGCAUUUAGAGAAUAUUCUACAAUUAAUGAUGGACAAUGGCAUCACGUAGCAAUUGUGUGGGACAGUAUAAACGGGCAAUUAUUGUUAAUCACGGAAGGAUUAAUUGCUGGCCGAACGGAAUAUGGAGCCGGAAAGACUUUCCCUGCGUACGCUUGGGUUGUUCUUGGGCGUCCAGCUUUAUGGACAAAUGCCACUAUCACUGAUUCAAAUAAUAAUGUUGGAUUCCAAGGAAGAAUAACAAAAGUACAAAUUUGGAGCAGAGCGCUGGAUAUCACCUCAGAUAUUCAGAAACAAGUCAGGGACUGCCGAAGUGAGCCUGUGUUAUAUCGCAAUCUUAUUCUCAAUUGGGCUGGAUAUGAAGAUUAUACUGGCGGUGUUGAACGAUUAGUCCCUUCGACAUGUGGUAAUAAGAAAUGCAAGUUUGGUAGUACUGGAACACAAUGCAAACAGCUAGAGAGUGACAAAGAACCACCAAAGGUUGAAAAUUGUCCUAAUGAUGUGUGGAUUACGACUAGAAACGGAUCGGCAAUUGUGAAUUGGGAUGAACCUCACUUCAGUGAUAACGUAGGAAUCACAAAAAUCGUUGAGCGGCAUGGACGACGCUCUGGACAAAGUUUUUUGUGGGGAAGUUAUGAUAUCACUUACAUAGCGUUUGAUGCUGCAGGAAAUUCUGGAAGUUGCACUUUCAAAAUUACGCUAUCCUCGCAUUUUUGCCCACUGUUAGCGGAUCCCAUUGGAGGAUCACAGCAUUGUAAAGAUUGGGGAGCUGGAGGACAAUUCAAAGUAUGUACUAUUUCUUGUAAUUUAGGUUUGAAAUUUUCAGAAACAGUGCCAGAAUUUUACACGUGUGGAGUUGAAGGGUCCUGGAGGCCUAGUGAGGAACGCAACAUGCUUCUUGUAUAUCCUUCAUGUUCACCAUCUCGACCGGCACAGCGUAUCAUACGAAUAGGAAUGCUGUUUCCAUCAGAUGUACUCUGUAAUGAAGCAGGACAAGGAGUUUUACGACAGAAAGUAAAACAUGCAUUGAAUUCUCUGAAUAGAGACUGGCACAUCUGCAGUUACUCAACUGAAGGAUCUCGGGAAUGCAAGGAGUUAAUCAUUAAUGUAGAAUGUGACCAAUACCAGAAUCGGGCUAAUAUUGUGAAGCGACAUGCUACAAAACGAGAUAAAAGCACAUAUGUUAUAAAUGUCGAAAUACCAAUCAAAAGUGACCCUGUGAUACAAUCCUCGAGUGGAGAAAGAUCAGAUAUUCGUUCGUUACUAGAAAAGCUCAUUUUAGAGCAUAAUGAAUUUGAUGUGCAAGAUAUUCUUCCAAACACAUUUGCAGAUCCUGCAUCCCUGCUCAUCUCUUCCGACUAUACAUGUCCGAUAGGCCAGGUGGUGGUCGUUCCUGAUUGUGUACCAUGUGCAGUAGGAACGUAUUUUAAUACGACGAGCAACAUUUGCAUUUCUUGUCCAAAAGGAUCAUAUCAGUCUGAAGUUGGCCAACUACAAUGUAAAAGCUGUCCUAAUAUUGCCGGACGAUCUGGUGUGACAUCAACCACCGGAGCUCGUUCCGCAGCUGACUGCAAAGAGCGUUGUCCUGCGGGAAAAUAUUUGGAUGUAGAGACUGGGCUUUGUCAACCAUGCGGAUACGGAUAUUAUCAAUCAAAUGAAGGAUCGUUCACAUGCAAAAUUUGUGAGUUAGGAAAAACGACUAGAACUGAGGAAGCAACAUCAAAAUUUGAAUGUCGUGAUGAAUGUAAAUCAGGUAUGCAGUUGGGAGUAGACGGUAAAUGCGAAGCUUGUUCUCGAGGAACAUUUAGAACACAAGGUGUACAACCUGCAUGCACUGUUUGCCCAACUGGAAAAACUACGCCCAGAGUUGGAGCAACUAGUGUUGAAGAGUGUUCUCUACCGGUAUGUCAACCAGGAACUUACUUGAACGGAACUGUUAAUGUUUGCAUCGAUUGCGGAAAAGGAUUUUACCAACCAGAGCAACAACAAACAUUUUGUAUUCAAUGUCCACCAAAUCACAGUACAAGGACAAUCGCUGCGAUCAGCAAAACUGAAUGUAUGAAUCCUUGUGCGAACGUGCAAGAUGGACAGCAGCAUUGUGAUCCCAACGCAUUUUGUAUUUUAAUGCCACACUCUUUUGACUUCAAAUGCGAGUGCAAAGCAGGAUUCAAUGGCACCGGUAUGCACUGUACAGAUGUGUGUGAUGGUUUCUGCGAAAAUUCUGGCCUCUGUGUAAAAGACAUAAAAGGAAUCCCAUCUUGUAGAUGCAAAGGAUCAUUUACUGGCGUUAAGUGCGCAGAACGAUCUGAAUUCGCUUACAUCGCUGGUGGUAUUGCGACAACCGUGAUUUUUAUUAUACUGAUUGUAUUACUAAUUUGGAUGAUUUGUGCGAGAGCGAGCAAGCGACGUGAUCCAAAAAAAAUAUUAUCGCCUGCAGCCGAUCAAACGGGGUCGCAAGUUAACUUCUACUAUGGAGCUCACACGCCAUACGCAGAGAGCAUAGCUCCCUCUCAUCACAGCACCUAUGCACAUUAUUACGACGACGAAGAAGAUGGAUGGGAAAUGCCCAAUUUCUACAACGAAAGCUACCUAAAAGAAGGACUUCAUGGUACAAACGGAAAAAUGAAUUCCUUGGCACGGUCCAACGCAUCUUUGUACGGAACAAAAGAUGAUCUGUACGACAGACUAAAAAGGCAUGCCUAUACAGGUAAAAAAGAUACCUAGAUACAUCUAGUACCCAAAAACCAAUACUACCUGCAGCAUCUACAACAACUUCAAAAAUCCAGAGAGAUACAAACAAAAAUUAUUAUGUAUACUAACCUUUUGAAAUUAAGUAGUUUAAAUUAUUAUUAACAAACUGGAAACUGUUAAUACGAAGCAACUAACAUAGUCCAUAAAGAAUGUAAAAUGUAAACAAAAAAUGUUAAACUUAAUUUCGGCUACGCUAUGCUACAUGGUGAACAAGCCUACCAAAUAAAUUAAAUUAAAAAAAACCUGAUGUGCCGAAAGAACGAAACAAAUUUGACGGCAUACUGACCGCUAACAGAUUUUAGUCAUUUGGGGAUUUGGUACCUCGUGAGUGGCCAGUUUGUGCAGAGUGCACAUGACUUAUUUAAUGUUUUUUUACGUUUCGUCUUCGACUCAUUUAAUACACUGAAGUGCAGCGCCCUUAGCAAAAUUUUUCUUUGAAUUUACCAAUAUUGUAGAACAGUAGGAAGUUGUGAAGGAGACUCGUCAAGCGAACUUCCAUAUCAGCGUAGCCGCAACCUUGAUGUAUAAACUUUGUUAUAGUAGCAUGGACAUUUCCGAGCAUUAGUCAUCGCAACGAUGGUGGAGAAACUUUGUUAUAGAAACAUGGACAUUUCCGAGCAUUACUCAGUUCAGCAAUGAUGUAGAAACAAAGUUAUUGUUUUCCAUGGACACUAGUCACUGCCACUGGCAUAGUGACAGUGUUCUCGGCUUUUGGUAGAGCUUCGGGAGAAAGUCGGAUGAACUUUCUACUUAAAAUUGCAAGCUCAGCUUGUACUAAAAUCUUCGGGCUUCACCCGAAAGUAAAUGUUAGGAUCUUAAAAACCCAUAGUUGAGAAGAGUUAGCAGCCAGUCAGUUUCAAAGAACUCGCGGGAAAUAUCCGUAAGUCUCGGGUGUUGACCCGUAGAUAAUUCACGUGAGCUCAGUUUCAGUUUCAUUUCGUAGAGUCCUAAGAAGCUAUGUGAAACAAGAAGUCGUCGAGAGUAACUUUAGUUUUGUGAACUUUAGAAAAAUUAGAAAAGUGAAGCGUUUCAUCCAAUAUAUCAGAAAACCGAAGUAAAGUGUUCCAUCCAAUAUAUCAGGAAACCGAAUGAAAGUGUUCCAUCAAAUAUAUCAGAAAACCGAAGUAAAGAUUUUCAUCCAAUGUAUCAGAAAACCGAAGUAAAGUGUUUCAUCCAAUACAUCAGAAAACCGAAGUAAAGUGUUCCAUCCAAUAUAUUAGAAAACCGAAGUAAAAUGUUCCAUUCAAAAUAUCAGAGAAUCAGAUGUUUCGACCGCGAAAUCAGAAUUAUAAAGUCCGGUCGUUGAGAAUAUUUGAACAUUUAAACACGAUUGUAGCCAUAGUGUAA